UUUAACAGUGCAAAUUAAGCAGAAGAUGAUGUAGCAGUAUAAGUAACAGUGUGGAAAAGAGCAUGGUCAGCUGAAUGCAGCAGGGCUUCUGAUUUUAAUAAUUUGAAAAGAAGAUGAAGUAUCUCCUGUGCCUGUGUUUACUCCUUGCUGUUCUUUGUGCCAUAACCCAUUGCCACCAUGAAGACAUUUGCCUUGAAGUCAGUAAUACUAAUCUGCGUGAUGGAACAGAAAAUUUAUUAACACAUAACUGUAACAAGCAAGUUUCUAACUAUGCAGAUUUUGUAUUUAGAUUUUACAAGCAGGCUAUAUCAAAAGAAGCUGAUAAAAAUGUUUUCUUUUCUCCCGUGAGCAUCUCCACUGCCUUUGCCAUGCUGGCUAUUGGUGCUAAGUCAACAACCCUGUCUCAGAUUUUUGAAGGACUGGGCUUUGACGGUCUGACUGAGAUUCGCAUGCAUGAUAUACACAAAAGUUUUCAUAAAGUUUUAGCAGUACUGAACUGUACUGACGUUAACAUCACAUUAAAUAUAGGGAAUGCCCUUUUUACAGCUAUUGGGUAUAAACCACAGGAGACAUUUUUACAAAAUACCAGACAAUUUUAUGAUGCAGAAUUUUUUUCUAGCAAUUUCAAUAAACCAGAAGAAGCUAAGAAGCAAAUCAAUAAAUAUGUAGAGGAGAAAACCAAGGGGAAAAUUCCUGAAUUAAUUGGUCAUCUUGAUGCAAGUACUGUAUUGGUUCUUGUUAACUACAUUUAUUUUAAAGCUGCCUGGGAAAAGCCUUUUGAUUCUUUGCAUACAUAUGAGGAUGAUUUUUUUGUGAACACAAAUGUAUCUGUUAGAGUCAACAUGAUGCAGCGUGACAGUAACUAUGACAGUUACUACGACCAGGAUCUCUCUUGCGAGGUGGUAGAGCUGCCUUACCAGGGCACUGCACGAGCAUUGCUCAUUCUGCCUGAUGAUGGAAAGAUGAAGCAAGUGGAAGAUGCUCUCUCCAAGGAAACUGUUUGUAAAUGGGAUAACAGACUUGUGACCAGGAGAUUAGACCUGCGGUUACCAAAGAUUUCUAUUAGUGGGUCUUAUGAUGUUAAAAACCUCUUCCAGGAAAUGGGCAUUACUGAAGUAUUCUCUAGUAAUGCUGAUCUGUCUGGAAUUAGUGGCAGCCGUAAUCUUCGGGUUUCACAAGCAAUUCACAAGGCCCUGCUGGAAGUUAAUGAGGCUGGAACUGAGGCUGCAGGAGCCACCGCCAUAAUUGUUACCAGAGUUCUGCAUCCUUCUGUUACCAUCAAAUUCAACAGGCCCUUCCUUAUCUUGAUUUCUGACAAAGAAACCAGCACCACACUUUUCAUGGGGAAAAUUGUCAAUCCUACUAAGAAGUAAUUGCUGAGUUAUUGGGCAUACUGGUAUUCGGCAUGAGUUAUAAUGGCUACAGUGUUUGCACAUAUGGGCUAGCCAGUGCUAGCCACUACCCUCUGAUUGAGGGAUAUUCAGAAGUAAAUGAGGAAUUUCCUUAUCAAAUUAAUAAGCAAAAAAAUUGUAAAAAAAACCCCAACAACUGACAGUUUUUCAAUGUAAUAGUUUCCCUAGUUGAGUAAUUCAAGUUAUUAACACAUUUUCCAAAUUUUCCUUGGAAGACAGUUUUUUGUAAAGUCUGCUGUUAUUUUUACAAGUGAAUUCUCUCUGCUAAGUGGUUUUGUCCAGACUGUUUUCAGGUCUGGAUUACUCACCAAAAGCUUUAUCCCAACAGGUAACAAGUCCCUCACAAUUCCAUUACAUCUUCUCCAGGACUUGCUGAUGAUCGGUAGUCACCUGAGCUGGUCCCUACAGAGUCCUUUCUUCCUUAUGUAGCUCUUUGCUGCCUAGGCCAUUGCUGUUUACCCUCAACCAACCUGUUCUUUCUCACAUGUUCCAACUCUUUGCCUAGGACGUCUUAAAGAAACAUUGACAAAAAAGAUAAAAUCCCUGAGACAAUAGACUUAUUCUGCUGUAACACUCACUGUAAGUGUCUUUUUGCAGUUCACAGGGUCAGCAAAAAACUUUGAGAGACAGUGACAUUAGGCAUGAACUGUCAAAGAGGUGUCCUGCGACAAUGUCAUCCAUGAAUUUUUGCUAUGGCUGAUGAAUAAAAUAAACAUUGUCAUUUAAAUCCA